UGGCAGAAUUAAAUAUUUAUUUUUAAAAACCCGAUAGGCGAAGCAGCAGCGACGAAAAACGUAGCAACAGUAAAUGGGGAUCGAGACACACAUGCUUGUUUAUUGCACGAUUGGUGACCUCUCGGCUGCGGCCUCCUGAGCUCGCCGAGUUUAACAGCUGGGGGGCGCUGAGUGGCCGGUGCUUAUCGCUCGGCCUGGAGGUGCGGAAGCCGCUCGCUGUCUGCUCUCCUGCGGAGAACGGCUGAUGGAUGGAUUGAUGGAAGGAAGGAGGGGGAGCUCUUCACCCUUCUCUCUCCAGACUUUGGAUUAGCUGAGUUACGAGCGGCAGGAGCCGGUGCCCGUACUACAAAAAGCCCUUGCUGGGCGAGCUGGCUGGCUCGGAAACAGAUUCAUUUCUCUAUCCCUUUCUCUCUGCCUCUGUUUAUGGACAGGCCAUGGCCACCUUGCUCUGCAGAGUCCAGUUCCUCGAUGACACCGAUCCGUUCAACAGCACCAACUUUCCAGAGCCCACCCGCCCCCCGCUCUACACUUUCCGGCAGGACAUUUCUCUUAUCAAUCAGAUCGCGGGAGUGCACCGACUGUUGCAGGCUCCGCACAAGCUUGAUGACUGUGCUCUGCAGUUAUCUCACAAUGGUACCUACCUGGAUCUGGAGUCUAACUUGGCAGAACAGAAAGAUGAAUUGGAAGGAUUCCUGGAGGAUCCUGGGAGGGGAAAGAAACACAGCAUGAUCCUGCGUACACAGCUCUCGGUUAGAGUCCAUGCCUGUAUUGACUUGCUGAUGGAACAGAAUUUUGCAUCAGUGAGCUUGAUUAACAUCUGUCCAGAAAAACUCUACAAUUCGUGUGGCCGGGAACUCAGAAGAGCCCUUUUUUCUCUCAAGCAGAUAUUCCAGGACGACAAAGAUUUGGUUCAUGAGUUUGUCGUUGCUGAGGGUCUGACAUGUUUGAUAAAAGUUGGAGCAGAAGCAGAUCAGAACUACCAGAAUUACAUACUGAGAGCCCUUGGCCAGAUUAUGCUCUAUGUGGAUGGAAUGAAUGGGGUGAUAGGCCACAACGAGAGUAUCCAAUGGCUGUACACACUCAUUGGCUCAAAGUUCCGCCUGGUGGUGAAGACAGCCCUGAAGUUGCUGCUGGUUUUUGUGGAGUACACAGAGUCGAAUGCACCACUGUUCAUCCAGGCAGUCCUCACAGUUGACCAGAAAAGAGGUGUGAGGUCAUGGUCAAAUGUCAUGGAAAUACUGGACGAGAAGGAUGGCAUUGACACAGAACUUCUCGUUUACACAAUGACUUUAAUAAAUAAGACAUUGGCAGGAUUGCCUGAUCAAGAUUCCUUCUAUGAUGUAGUGGACUGUCUGGAAGAACAAGGAAUGGAAGCUAUUUCACAGAGACACUUGAACAAAAAAGGAACUGACUUGGACUUAGUGGAACAAUUCAAUAUUUAUGAGAUGAGCCUGAAACAUGAAGAUGGAGAUGAUGAUGUUAGUAUGAAUGGUCGGAAAGAUAGGCGAAGAUCAAGCCUUGGUUCGAAUGAACGGCGUGGCUUAGAACGACGGAGAAGUCGGAGGCAUUCUAUCCAGAAUAUCAAAAGUUCGUUGUCUGCCCCUGCCAGCCCAAGCAGUCCAUUGCCUGGACAUUUAAGUCCACACUUCAUGUCACCCAGUGGUCAGAGACUUGAAGAACUCAAUGAAAACAGCGAUGUAGUUCAGCACAGCAUGACCAGCCAGCCCAAUGAAGCAAGCCCCUCUGAUGAUGUAUUUGAAGGCAUUCACACACCGUUUAAUGAAGACGAGGAAUGCGAGGAGGAAUAUGCUGAAGAAGAGCAGCCAGUUACUGAACCUAACACUGAGGAUGAGGGGGAAGAAGACCCCCCUUGUCAGGGUCAGGCAAGUGGGUUGAAACCAGACACAGCAAUCGAACAAGCAGAAAAUAGCCCCCAGAGUACAAAAUAUGUAGCAAGCUUCAUUCCUGUGCCUGAAGAGAGAGGAUCUGCCAGCCAGUUCCAGACUUCUGAAACACAGAGCCCUUCAGCUAUCUCUCCUCCUCAGUCACCUAGUUCUUCUGGUGGUUCUCAGUAUUCUUUGCAGCUAUCAUCAUUGACAUCUUCAUCGUCAUCCAUUGCCAUUCCUCAUUCACCAGUGGGUUUGCCAAACAGCCCGCAAGAUUCAUCAGCAAACAUUAACCUAACUCUCUCUCCCACGGUUGAGAAGUUGCCAUAUCUUCCUCAAUCACCUUUUCAUCUAUUCUCAUAUGAUCUGAGUGAAAUUCCUUCAAGAACCAAAGAAAAGGAAGCAGAAAUGAAGCAAAACAGUCAGUCGGAAUCUUCCUACAUGAACAAAUGCUCUGACUCUUUUGAACCUUAUACACCCAGGUCUUCUAAUAGAUACAGCAGCUAUGGUAGCAGUGCCUACUCAGGAUGUCGAUUGUACUCUGGGCUAAAUAUACCCACUACCUCCAGCUUUCACUACAAGACCUCAAUCUCGCCUGCUCCUGAGGCUAAAUCUGAAAGGCCAGUACUGGGAGGUCUUCUGUCCUCAUCAUACCGACAACAUCAGGAAUCGUUGGCAGCAGAGAGAGAGAAACGACGCCAAGAGAGAGAAGAGCGAUUACAGCGGAUAGAACGGGAAGAGAGAAACCGAUUCAAUCGGGAAUAUAUAGAAAAACGAGAAGAGCAAAGACUGGCAAGAGAAGAAAGAUACAAGUACCUGGAAAAAUUAGCAGCCGAGGAAUAUGAGAAGGAGGCCAGGAAUCGGGUGCCUCGGGCACGCAGUGACCUUUCCAUUAGCCUGAGUUCAUCUGCAGCCCCAUCGUCUCCCAUCCCAAUUUGUGGGACUCCCCCUCCAGAGCCCUGGCAAGAGCACAAGUGUCCGUCCAGACGGAGUGAGUCGUCUCAGCCUAUUGAAGUCUCUGCGAGUGAGCCAGAGCAGGAGCCCGAGCUUGAGUUAAAGCCUGAAGCAGAAGCUAAGGGAGAAGCCAAGGUGGCCCGUGACAGAAACCCAGCUGAACUGAGACCAGGACUGGACAGAGAGCAGAGACCAGAUCGAGAGCCAGAAGAAAACGUAACACUGAGUGAAAAGGAGAGACAGAAUGAAGAGCUGAACGAGAAAGAUAACUGUUCGGCGUCCAGCAUCUCUUCAGCCAGCAGCACUUUAGAAAGAGAAGAGAGGGAAGACAAAGUAGCCAGUGACAAUGAAACUGGUAAAUGGAUGCAGAGCAUUAAGGAUGUCAGUGUAAAUGAUCAGUGCAGCAACAUUCUCAAUAACAAACGGUUCAUGCUGGACAUGUUGUAUGCACAGAACAAAAGUGGAGUUGAUGAUGCUGAAGAAACACAGCCUGAGACGCAAGAGGAGGAGAAACAAGAGUCCCUUGCAAGUCUGGCCAGUCGGAUCUCCAAUCUGCAGGCCAACAAGCAAGCUACUGAGGGCAACGUGAAGAAAAUGGAGGUUGACCAUUUGGAGAACCAAGGCAGUGUGAAAGCUUUCACUGAAAAGUUUAACAGUGGGGAGCUGAGCAAAGGACCUGCCCCAUCUGACUGUGAAACAACCACUAAGACUGUGGAUAAAGUGACUGCACAACCCAAAAAGGAAUCUGAUUACAUCUGGGAUCAAUUAUUGGCCAAUCCUCGGGAUUUAAAAAUCAAAGAUAUAGACUUCACAGAUUUGGAAGACGAAGAUGAUGUGGAUGUGUUGGACAUGGAAAACUUGCUUAGUUCUAGUGACUCAAUACUUCCUCCACCACCACCACCCCCACCUUCUUUCGUGGGCUUGCCUCCCCCUCCACCACCCCCUUUACUGCAUUUGCCACCUCCUCUUCCAGUACAUGGCAUGUUGGUACCCCCACCUCUACCUACAGGCCUCCAUCAACAGUCUGGGUCACUGCACCCAUCCAGGGGUGAGCCAACUUUCAUUAAGAAAAAGAAAACCAUUAGGUUGUUCUGGAAUGAAGUCCGACCAAUUGACUGGCAGUUUAAAAAUCGGAAGCGAUGCAAGGAACCGCUUUGGACCCAAUUGGAACCUGUGAAAGUGGAUGUAUCCAAGUUGGAGCAUCUUUUUGAAUCUAAAUCCAAAGAGCUGCCAGUCACCAAGAAAACUGCUGCAGAUGGGAAGAGACAAGAAAUCAUUGUGUUAGACUCAAAGCGAAGCAAUGCUAUUAACAUUGGACUGACUGUAUUACCUCCUCCAAGAACAAUCAAGACUGCAAUCCUUAACUUUGAUGAAUAUGCAUUGAACAAAGAAGGAAUAGAGAAAAUCUUGACCAUGAUUCCCACUGAAGAGGAAAAGCAGAAGAUCCAAGAAGCCCAAUUGUUGAAUCCUGACAUUCCUUUAGGUUCUGCAGAGCAGUUUCUUCUAACCUUGUCUUCCAUUAGCGAACUCUCAGCUAGACUCCAGCUCUGGGCCUUCAAGCUGGACCAUGAAACAGUGGAGAAGGAAAUUGCAGAGCCUCUUCAAGAUUUGAAAGAAGGAAUGGACCAGUUAGAGAAUAACAAAACUUUAAGAUAUAUCCUGGCUACGUUACUGGCAAUAGGGAACUUCUUAAAUUCAUCAAGUGCCAAAGGCUUUGAGCUGGGGUACUUGGAGAAAGUUCCAGAGGUGAAAGACACGGUGCAUAAGCAGUCUCUUCUGCAUCACAUUGCAACCAUUGUGGUGGAAAAGUUUCCAGAUAGUUCAGACCUGUACUCUGAGAUCGGGGCCAUCACAAGGUCAGCCAAGGUUGACUUCAACCAGCUUCAGGAAAAUCUUUGUCAAUUAGAGCGGAGAUGCAAAGCCUCAUGGGAUCACCUAAAGGCAAUUGCAAAACAUGAAAUGAAGCCCUCCCUUAAGCAGAAAAUGUCUGAAUCCCUGAAGGAUUGUGCUGAGAGGAUCAUCAUUUUAAAGAUUGUUCACAGAAGAAUAAUAAACAGAUUCCAUGCAUUUCUGCUGUUCAUGGGACAUCCCCCACAUGCAAUCCGAGAUGUGAACAUUCACAAGUUCUGUAAGACUAUCAGUGAAUUUGCUCUUGAAUAUCGAACCACCAGGGAGCGAGUAUUGCAGCAAAAACAGAAACGAGCCAAUCAUAGAGAAAGAAACAAGACCAGAGGCAAAAUGAUUACAGAUACAGGAAAGUUCUCCAGCAAUACCAUCUCGACUGAGACCCAGCCACAGGGACUAGAGUAUGAAGAAGAGGUAGCAGAACAUGAAAAUAUGAAAGCAGUGCUUAAAACCUCUGUACCAAGUGGAGAAGUUACUGCUGGAGUUCUGGGCAUGCGAACCCGAACAAGAGCAAGCCGAGGUCACGUUGGCUCAUGGACUCCAGGAAAUGACGACUCCCCAAAUGCCACAGAUGAUGCUGCUGAUGAAAUCAUGGAUCGGAUUGUAAAGUCUGCGACUCAAGUGCCAAACCAGCGAGCUGUGCCUAGAGAACGGAAGCGGUCCCGUGCAAACAGGAAAUCUUUAAGAAGAACAUUAAAGAAUGGCUUGACACCAGAAGAGGCCAAAGCACUUGGUUUGGUCAGCACUUCUGAGAUGCAAGUGUGAAGAGCACGGAGCGUGAAAUAAAACAGAUAGCAUCACUUGCUCUUGACCAAGGCACAGCUAAAACCAUUCAACUGGCAACCAUUUGCUGCUCGUGGUAUCCAGUCAUCAGCCAGCUCCAUUCAUCAUAUGAUGCAUAUGAGAAAUGAGCUAGAAAGAGAUGGCACAUUUGGCACUAAAGUUCUGACAGCUUUUUUUUAAAAAACAGGAUUGUUUGGAAGUAUUUAUUCCUAGGUAAAAGUAUUGCUUUUUAAAAAAUCUAACUGAAGUGAUUAGAAACCUUUAAUGGGUAAGCUGUUGUAUGUGUUUUGUUUACAUUGGCUUUACUUGUGACCUAUUUGUGUAGCAGUAAUGCACCAUUUAAGUGUAAGAACCAGGCCUUAAGGAGACAGUGUGCUGAUGUUGGUUGGCCGCAAACCUAACCUACAUCCUAAUAAGGGAUUUAAUACAACUUGACAAGGAACCAUUCAAUUCUAAAUAGUAUUAUUUUAUAGGCCUCUUUGGUCUUCUUAUCGUCUUGGGAGUAUCAUUGCCAUUGUUUUAUUUUCUAUGUUUCUAGGAAUGCCUUCUAAAGUUUUAUGGGAUGCUGGGUAAGCAAGAAGAUUUAAGGUGCUCAUACAGUCAAUAGGCAUCACUAUAUUCAGCAGUUGAUUUAAUUAUUCAAGGUUGAAAGGGAUGAUAUUUAUAAAGGAUAAAUUCCCCUUUUUAAAUAAUAAAUGUCGUAGCUGUUUUUAACAUAAGUAUUUCAGUAAAACUUUUUUGACCAUUUUCGGUAAGAGUAGGUAAUUGGGUUAAAUUGAUUAUGAGCAUCCUAAUGGCACAGAAUGCAUUGGUACCUCAAGAAAUAAAGGUUCAUGGUGCACAUGGACUUUGUUAAUUAGCUGCUGAUUAGAGCUCAGAACAAAUUAAAUUUAAUCAUUGACAAAUGUAGAAAGUUCCAAGAGCAUUUGGCAACUAAAUGUUUAAGAUAUAGUUACAUAUAAAGCUGUUUUCCCAAUAUGCUGCGGGCAGCCAUGGCUCACACUUCCUUGAUUCCAGAAUGGCAUGGCAAUUGUUGAUCUGGAUACCCCAUUUUGGCUUGAACAUUGAAAUAAAGGGAGCAGUUGUGGCAAAAAGGGAUACAAUAUUUCAGAAGGUGAAUGACAGCAUAAAUUCUGCAAAGGUACUAUUCUUGUAUAAAAACCUGCAAAGUUUUGACUGUUUCAGUAACAGCAUACACAUGUAUUGCACCUGAGAAUGAAAUCACUUGAUAGAAAAACAAGCCAUUAAGUUGAAUCCUGAUAAUGCGCAAACAGUCCCCAAUUCCUUUGCAUAACAUGCGUUAUUUUUGCUCCCUUCAAUUAGGUUAAUACAGAAAAUAGAUUCUCAAACUUGAUUAUUUGGCUUGAGUUGUUGGAUUGGUGUUGACCAGUGAGGAAUGGAAGAUAUAAGUCUGCUUAUUUGCCUAGUUUGCUUCGUUAGUUAAAUUACUUACUACCUAUACAGGUAAAGGAACCCUCAAUACUGGUUUGCUGGCAUAGGACGUCCCUAAACAUAUUAAUAAGCAUCAGAGAUGCUCACUUGAAUAAAAUAUCUCAUGUAAUUUUUUAAUAUGUUAUGAAGAUUCAUGACCAUGUCGACCUAGGACAGGGGUCAGCAACCUUUACCACUGAAAGAGCCACUUGGACCCGUUUCCCACAGAAAAGAAAACACUGGGAGCCGCAAAACCCGUUUGACAUUUAAAAUGAAAUAACACUGCAUACAACGUUUUUUUUGCCUUUAUGCUAUGUAUAAACAAACUAUAAUGUGUUGCAUUUAUGAAAUUGAUGAACUCCUGCAGAGAAAACGAAAUUACAUUUCUGCAUGCAACAAAAACAUUUUGAACUCCGAAAAAAAGACGUUGGGUUGAAAGUUACUUUUAAGUAAAAUAUUCAAUGUCUAUUUGAGUCCUUCUUGUAUUUAUGAAAAACGCCGAACUUAAAUUUUCCGCCAGCAGCAAACCAAAAAUAACGUCAGCCAGC